GUUCAGCGGCCUCUUUGUGUGGUGCCCAGAUAGGGGAGCGGAGGUGGCGGUGGCGGUAGCGGCGGCCUUGGUUGCUUUCCAAUCUCCUCGGCUCGCCCUGUAGCCGGCAUCUCUCCCCUUCCCUUCCCCUUCCUUUCUUCCUCCUUCCCUUCCCUUCCCUUCUUCCCUUCCCCGUCGGUGACCGGCGGGGGCGGCUCCAGCGACGGCUGGGCCCAAGCUGUGAAGAAGCCUUAGCCAACGGUAACGGCGACGGCGAAACCUCGGAGCUCGCAGGGCGGGGGGAAGGCCCGGGCCGUGGAGAUGGAGAAUUCCCAGCUGUGUAAGCUGUUCAUCGGCGGCCUCAACGUGCAGACGAGUGAGUCGGGCCUGCGCGGCCACUUUGAGGCCUUUGGGACCCUGACGGACUGCGUGGUGGUGGUGAACCCCCAGACCAAGCGCUCCCGUUGCUUUGGCUUCGUGACCUACUCCAACGUGGAGGAGGCCGAUGCCGCCAUGGCCGCGUCGCCCCAUGCCGUGGACGGCAACACGGUGGAGCUGAAGCGGGCGGUGUCCCGGGAGGAUUCGGCGCGGCCGGGUGCCCACGCCAAGGUGAAGAAGCUCUUUGUCGGGGGCCUUAAGGGAGACGUGGCCGAGGGCGACCUGAUAGAGCACUUCUCGCAGUUUGGCACCGUCGAAAAGGCCGAGAUUAUUGCCGACAAGCAGUCCGGCAAGAAGCGUGGCUUCGGCUUCGUGUAUUUUCAGAAUCACGACGCGGCAGACAAGGCCGCGGUGGUAAAGUUCCAUCCGAUCCAGGGCCAUCGCGUGGAGGUGAAGAAGGCUGUCCCCAAGGAGGAUAUCCACUCCGGCGGGGGCGGAGGCGGCUCCCGGUCCUCCCGGGGCGGCCGGGGCGGCCGGGGUCGGGGCGGUGGUCGUGACCAGAACGGCCUGUCUAAGGGCGGCGGCGGUUAUAACAGCUACGGUGGUUACGGCGGCGGCGGCGGCGGCUACAACGCCUACGGAGGCGGCGGAGGCGGUUCGUCCUACGGUGGAAGCGACUAUGGUAACGGCUUCGGCGGCUUCGGCAGCUACAGCCAGCACCAGUCCUCCUAUGGGCCCAUGAAGAGCGGUGGCGGCGGCGGUGGAGGAGGCAGCAGCUGGGGAGGUCGCAGUAACAGUGGACCUUACAGAGGUGGUUAUGGCGGUGGGGGUGGCUAUGGAGGCAGCUCCUUCUAAAAAAAUUUUUAAUGCCUGGGGGUGGCUAUAGGGGUAGUUCUUUUCAACCACCCAACUAGGGUCAACUCGUAAGUCCUUUCCCCUCCCACCGCCUUCCCCAGUUUGCCCUUGGGGAAGCCACUUCUAAGGCUGCUUACCCUUGGGUGUGUUGCCCUGUUUGCCUGCCACCUCUCGUUUCCCUCUGAAGAUGGACUUGGCCCCACAUACACAUUUUUGUGUUACAGUCAUUGAUGGACUCUAUUUUUUUAUUAUUACUUGGACCUUGGUCGUUUUUAUACUAGCAAAAUGUCUUGUUUUAAUUUGUGUUUUUUUUGGGGGGGAGGGAGUGAACUUGCUGAUUCUGUAGCAAAACCUGGGCGGGGGUUGGGGGGGUUAGUUUACUUUGUUGUAAGGACUUGAUAUCAGGCUACAGCGUUUUCUAUGAAAUCUCCUUGGAUCCCAUGCCCGAAAUUUGCAUAUGUACAAAAAUCAUUUUUACGUUUUAUUUUUAAUAAAUCAUUGUGUUUGACCGUA